AUCACGAUUGAGGAGGAACACACAGGCGCACUCACCGCCUUCCUCCUUCCCUUCCUCUUCCUCCCACCCCGCCCCCAGGGGGGCGGUACCCUGGUCCCUGGGGGGAGGUCUGUACCCCCGGAGGGUGGCGGCCCGAAAGGAGGGCUAAGGUUGGGGCUGCUGCGGUGGGUGGCAGACACCACGGGCCCCUCCCCCGCGCUCCCUUGCUGCCUCCUCUUGCUCCCCGUCCCUCCUCCUCUCCAUCCUCUCCAUCCUCUCCAUCCUCCCCAUCCUCCUCCUGGUCCCCGGCAACCGCGGCUAGGGGAGCAGCCGGCGGCACCCGGGCCGCUCAGCCUUUGUCUCGGGCCUCCGGACGCGCCGGGCCCAGCGCAGUGCUGUAGUGUCCUAUUAGGGAGCGGGGCAAACACAUGGCUCCCAGAGAGACAGGACAAGAAUGCAAACCCCAGCUAGCCACUCCAAAGGAAGAUUUCUCCCAACGACUCAAGAGCACUAGAGAGCCGUCGACAUCAAAUGAAAAGAUGCAGCCAGCAAACAGAAAAUGAAAGCCACCCAAGGGCUGGAGGGUGCCCUUGCAGCCACUUCUGUCCCGGUGCCGAGUUUCUCAUCAGGAUGGCCUGUAACAGCACACCCAUUGGGACAUACGAACAUCGGCUGCUGAAUGGGAGCGACGUUUCGGACCCCGGGGCCACACCACUGUCCACACCACUCAGGAUCUCGUUGGCAAUAACGAUGUUGCUAAUGAUCGUGGUAGGAUUCCUCGGCAACACGGUGGUCUGCAUCAUCGUGUAUCAGAGGCCGGCCAUGCGUUCAGCCAUCAACCUGCUGCUGGCCACCUUGGCCUUCUCUGACAUCAUGCUGUCCUUAUGCUGCAUGCCUUUCACCGCCAUCACCCUCAUCACUGUCCGCUGGCACUUCGGGGACCACUUUUGUAGGCUCUCAGCUACACUCUAUUGGUUUUUUGUCCUAGAGGGCGUGGCCAUCCUGCUCAUCAUUAGCGUAGACCGCUUUCUCAUCAUCGUACAGCGACAGGACAAGCUGAACCCACGCAGGGCCAAGGUGAUCAUCGCAGCCUCCUGGGUGCUGUCUUUCUGCAUCUCUGCGCCCUCCUUCAUCGGCUGGACGUUCAUGGAGGUGCCGGCUCGGGCCCCACAGUGUGUUCUGGGCUACACCGAGUUCCCAGCCGAACGCGCCUACGUGGUGACGCUGGUGAUAGCCGUUUUCUUCGCGCCCUUCGGGGUCAUGUUGUGCUCCUAUCUGUGCAUCCUCAACACGGUGCGGAAGAAUGCCGUCCGCGUGCACAACCAGUCAGACAGCCUGGACCUCAAACAGUUGUCCAAGGAUGGCCGGAGAAAGAUCCGGCGGCAGCAGCAGCAGGUCAGCCUGGACCUGAGCUUCAAAACCAAGGCCUUCACCACCAUCCUCAUCCUCUUCGUGGGCUUUUCGCUGUGCUGGCUGCCCCACUCAGUCUACAGCCUGCUGUCUGCGUUCAGUCGGCGGUUCUAUUACAGCGCCUCCUUCUACACCACCAGCACGUGCGUCCUGUGGCUCAGUUACCUCAAGUCCGUCUUCAACCCCAUCGUCUACUGCUGGAGGAUCAAGAAAUUCCGUGAGGCCUGCAUAGAGUUACUUCCCCAGACUUUCCAAAUCCUCCCUAAAGUGCCUGAGCGGAUCCAGAGGAGAAUCCAGCCGAGCACCGUCUACGUGUGCAACGAAAACCAAUCCACCGUCUAGGGAGCCGGUCAGACCAGGCCGAGGGACCGCUCUGGUCCCGGCCGAACUCUGCUCUCUAGCUUUUAGUUGUCUGCGUUUUGUGGUGACUACACAAGCACAAAGGUACUCAUUUGUUACCAGGUGAUCUGUGGCUUUCAAUUUUCUGAUCUCCAUAAGGCAAAUUAUUAUUUUUCUCUCUCAGAAAAAAAAAUAUAGUUCUAAUGGGAAUCGGGGCUUGCAGGAGCUGGCCCAGAAAGUGAGAGGGGAUGAGGGGAAGGGGGAAAGUGAAGUUGGCUGAAGGUGGGACAAGAGGAGGGUCUAUAGACAGAGCACACCCAUUGCAUCCCAGCCCCCACUCCACAUGCUCAGGAGAAGCCCCUGGUGGCAGUUUGUGGUGCCCUUGUUCACGCUGACACUUGUAUCUACAGGGCCUGGGUGUGGCCCAGAGGUCUCCAUAACGUUCAACUCUGUG